AAAUAUAAAAAACUGGUAACACCUAACUUUACGGGACAAACUGCAAGAACGUAAUAAAUCGGUGUCUCCAAGGAAAUAAUAUUGAUAUUUCAUUUAAGUUUUCGUAUAGAAUGACCAAUAUUUUGGACGGUUUAACAAAACGAUUGUAUUACCUUAAGUGAAUAAAAGUUAAUAAGAAAAAUGUUUAAAACCCAGUUCACUAUCUACGCGAAAAAACGUGACCAUGGACGCUAAAGAUUUAAGAAGUGAUUCUACUCUUGUAUCUGCUAUUAACGAUGGAAAUACCAACUUUGAUGAAAGCAACAUUACGUUACUUAGUAAUAGAAAUAAGCCAUAUCAAGAUAUCGAAUCAAACUCAUUGGGUAAAGUGGAGGCGCAAGGCUCACGGCCGUGUGCUAUUAUAGGGCCCGAUAGAGUGCAACCCCCGCCCACUGCUGGCGAUACAUAUCUCAAAAAAGCUUCAGUAGAACCAUGGCCAUGCUCAGAUACUGUAUAUCAACUACAAGCAGAGAUCCCUCCGAAGUUACCAGAUUAUCAAUCAAUGAGAAAUAUAUCUCCAAGACAGACAUUCCAAGAAAAUAUGCAACGGAUUAUGGUGCCGCCUUAUCAUUCUUCAAAGAGUAUUGAAGAUAAUGUUUUAAAAAAUUCUAAAGUUGAGAUGCCACUAGACGUUAAGUACUGUGAUGUGCCUUACUCGAUUAAUCCCAUAGUUAAUAGCCAAAAAAGUAUUAGGACCUCAGAUGCUCCAAUAACUGCAGCAAACUCACCAUAUCUAACUGUGCAACGACAUGGAUGGUCUGGUGCUGUUGGACCUCGGCCUCAAAGGCCCUUUGCCCCAGAAUUCUAUCAAUAUCCUGAGGUCGCCAACUUUUCAGGACAACAACCGUUACAGAGACUUCAUCGCCCACCACAAGAAGACCCUGUUCAAGGCCACCCAGAUCGUUUAUAUAAUGAAGCAAGUGUGAGAUUUAAACCUUAUCCAAGUACAAGAGAACGGUAUACACAACACAGGUAUGAUUAUGUUUCUAAUUAUCCUAAUACAUAUCAUCAACAACUGCCAUUCCCACCACAAAAGUAUGAUAUAAGUAAGACAUUACCAUCUCAUCCUUAUCCCAUGUAUCCACAGGUUCCAAUAAGAAGAGUACCUGAUCCAAUUAUAGAUCCAUACCAAAGACCAAGCCAACCAAAUUUUAAUCCCUAUCAAAAUCAAUAUAUAUCUCAUUCUUAUGGACCAGUUCAAGGAAAUUGUAUACCUACUAAAAUGUAUCCUUACCCACCAGAUAUGUCACCUAACACAUUAACACCUAAAUUACCUUAUGAUGUUAAUAGCAAACUAUAUGUUGAUUAUGAAAAUGUUAGAAACAAAAUGUAUUCUUCGGUUGACAAUAUGACAUACUUUAAUGAUCCUAAGAGGCAAACAUUAGCAUUGCAUCCCAGCAUGAAUAUGCAUCAUAUACCUCAACAUCAUGUGUAUAGAAAAGAUAUUAUGCCAAUGAAACCAAUGGAGUCACCUCACCCAAAUUCAUAUCCUUUACGCCAUCAUUUGCAUUAUUCUCCAUCCUUGGCAAAAUCAAGUGCAGAAUCAUUUUCUAGACUUGAAGCAAUGCAUGCAUCUAUAGGGGGGAUUCAAGAAGAUUGUGGUUAUGUUAGCCAGUCAUCGUCUGCAAGUGGCAGGAGUAUUGAUUCAGGCAAUUUUAAAAAUCAAAAUGAUAUUUAUAGAAAAAGUGAUACUUUGUAUGGUAAUGGGUUAAGAACCUCUCAAAAACAAAGAGCAAAUUCUGCCACUAACCUUGAUAAAAAGGGUCUUGAUGUCAGACAAUUUCUUCAAAUGUGGAAUGAAGGUGAUGAUGAAGUUUCCGAUUCUGCUAUCACCUCAACAAAAGCUGUGCCUACCCAAUCUGACAGUAACCCAGAGCAACUUGUCAUUCUUGGAAGUAUGACUAUACCAAACGAAGAAUUAUCUAAAUAUGAACAUAUACAAAAAAUAUCAAAACUACCUGAAAAUAUUAAAGGUUAUAACAGCAUUGAAUUACUUGAUCAAUAUGAGCAGCUUGUGGAAACCCCUGCUGCACGUUAUAAUAAGAAACCAAUGUCGCAUGAAUAUCAGUUAUCUUCAAAAAUAGCUAGGCAAUCACCCUUAAUUCCCCGACCAUUAUCACCAUUAGAUGUAGAAGCUAAAAUAAGCCAAUCAGUAAUACAUAAAGAAGUAGGGUGCAAUUUUGAAAUAAAACCUUGUAGCCCAAAAAUGAUGAAUGUUGAAAUAGCAACUCCUUUGCAUAAUAUAAUUAGUGAAAGAGCAAUUGACAAAGUUUUAAAUACAGGUGUUUUAAAUUCACAAGUUAUUCCUAAUAGAACAGACAUUGUUGCAGUAAAUUCUCCUACAACAAGCUGCAAAAUGAGUACAUCCUUUAUUUCAAAUGAUAAUUCAAUUAAAAAUAAUAAUUAUAGUUUACAAGACUUAGAAAGUAACUCCGGUGUUUGCUUAGCUUCUUUGCCCAGAUUGGAUAGUGAUAUAGAACUAAAUUUUCCAGAAAUUAAUCAGCAAUUUAUUGAUGCAAACAGAUUCAAAAUAAGCACAACUAAUGAAGACUUGAAAUCAAUAACUGCACAAAGUUUGUAUAAAUCCGAAAAUGAUAUUGAUAGAGAAUUUAACGAUAGGCGUGCUCAAACACCUGAAUUAAAUUUUGUUGAGUCGGCAAAAUUAAGUAAAUAUAGAAAAAUUAAAACAGUAGAUUCUUUUCAAAAUGAGACUAGAACAGACAGUGUUAUUAUUAAGAAUCCAGAUACUUUGAGAAGAAAGGAUGUAAAUAAUGAUGCAGGAGUCUUUCAAGAGAAAUUGGAACAUAUCCAAAGAUUUGACAUGAAAUCUGAUAUGCAGGAUAAUACGAUAUUAAAGGAUAUGAGUUGCAGCGCCAUUGAUUUUAGUUUAAAUACGUUAAACCAGAAUUCUGAAGAUAGUACACAUUCUGAUAAUAUUAUUGUACAAGCUACUCUCAAAACAGACGCGAUGUCGACAAAAGAAGAAAACGAAACACAAAUGUGUCCCCUUUCUUUAGUUACUAAAAAAGUUGAAGUGGAAUUAAGUGAGUUAGAACAAAACGAUUAUAAUACGACAACAGAAAAUAAACAAAGUGAACCUGGAUUUUCGUUAGGGCUGAUUUAUGAAGAUACUGCUAUAUUACCAGAAUUAGAUCCUAAUCCUCAAAUUGACCAUCCUACACACAUUGUUACCACUAUGCUCGAUGGUAAUAAAAGCUUAUCAGACAUAGAAAGCUUUAUACCUUGCAGUCCUAAUGCUGGUAUAGAAGACGAGAUUCAAUUUGAAUGUGAUAAGGCUAAUCGUAAAGACGAAGACAUAUUUAAAGAUGACAUUGUGAUUGCAGCCUUGAAUAGGGAACACGUUAGAGUUAAACGCGAUAACAUAACAAAAAGUAAUAAAAAUAAUAUGGAUAAACAAAAUGAGAUAGUUUCUAUACAGAAUAGUAAAAAAAAUUGCAGUAUUAAAACAAACAAAACGCCAGAACCACAGUUAACUAACGACUUAACAGCAGACUCUAAUAUACAUGAAGAAAGUGCAAAUCAAAGUAGUGACAACCGAGUUGAAACUCAUAAUAUUAUGAAUAAAAGGAUUCAAGUUAUGGAUAAUGCUCAUCCCAAAAAUACCGAAAAUUUAGAUCGAGCUGAACAAAGCUCGGUAGAAAAGACACUUAAUUAUGAAAAUGUUAAUAAUGAAAGUGAAAGUGCGCAAUGUGCUUUGCAAUUGAAUAAUUCAAAUGCAGAAUCGGAGUUGUGUGAAUGUAGUAGUGAAAACGAUAUUUGUAAACAAAGGACAAAGUGUAGUGACAAAAUUAUUUCUGAAUUAAGUAUUAUAGACAAUAAUUUAAACGUUGUCCAAGUUUCCAAAUUGUAUGUUAAAGAAGAUACAAACACAAAUAAUGAGUAUGAUUCAAAUGUUAUGGAAAGUGAUAAAGGUGAAAUAAGCGAUAUGGGAAAUUCCUGGUCCGACUCUAUAGCACAGAUGGAAACUGGCGUUAAUCACACAUUUUACAAUCCUUCUGAAGAAAAAAAGAAUGACCAAGAAGUAGAGGACGUUUUGCAAGAAAAUUUAAUCAAAAAUAAUAUUAUUUGCACAUCUAGUCUACAAUUUACAUCAGAGUCUUUAAAAUCAAAUAAUCAAAAUGAUUUAUUUUCAAAAAUUGAAAACUCAUCUCAAAUAUCUGCGAAUAUACUGACAAAUGAUGGAGUUGCGUCCUCAAACCACAAUAAUGAAAAUUCUUUAAAUUCCUGUAAUAAUGGUCUAAAUGAAUUAGCACCUGAUGAAAUGUUGAUAAAUGAAAAUGCACUGAAUAUUGAAAUUUCAUCAUGCUUAAAUAACGAUUUGCCAAACAAUGAAGUGUCAGAAGACGUAAUCAAACAUCACGUACAAAAUCACACUAUUUCUACUUAUAAGAAAUCCUUUUAUAAAAGAUGUUUUACCAAAGAAUAUUUUUCUCCGUGGAUGCAAAAACUGUAUAUUUUUAGUUCAGGACUAUGUGUCAAAUCAUCUCAAAAACAAACUGAGGACAUAAAGGAUGAAAAAUAUUUAACCAACACCGAUAACAGAUCGAUAAUUGGAAAAAACAAUUAUGAAUGUGUAGAUGAAAUAGAAAGGAAUAUUAAUGAUACGAUUUCCACUUCAAUCCCAAAUAACCCGUCUCAAGAUAUAAUAGAAAAAACCGUUAAUCCAAGCCAAAUAUUAAUUGACGAACGUACAAAUCACGUUGUCCCUGAUUGUAUACAAAAAGAGAACAUAGGGACCGUCGAUAGAGAAAAUAUAGAAUCGAAUAAUCGGAAUUACGAUAUAAAUGAAACGCCUAUAGAAAAGUUAAAAAAUAAUGUAAUAUUUCAGAAACGAGUUGAUUUAAAAAGAUCAUUAUCAGAUUCUGCAAUUGAUUUAUACAGUGAUGAUAGUUUUAAUAAAGUUACAUCAAAUAAGCGUCGCAGGCUUAUAAUUCAGAAUUUCAUUGAGUCUCGUGCAAACGAACAAGAUGUUUGUGAUGUGAUACAAAAUAAUAGAAGAAAAUCCAUUUCUACGGUGUGUAAUAAUAACAACCUCUUAAUUCUUAUAAAUGAUAAUGAAUAUAUAAUAGCAGAAGAAGAUUGUGAAUCUAGCAAUAUGGAAUAUGUAGAGUCGUCAGAAUUCUUGCAAGUAACUGAAACCGCCAAUAAUGUUUAUGAUGUUCAUAAACAACUUCAAAAUGAUUCCAUUCUCGAUAGUACUGAAUUAAAUGUAGAAUGUCCAUUAACGCUAAAUGAUUUUAACCAAGAAAAAUGGUUAGGUGGCGAUGAAGAGAAUGUAGAAUAUGUAGAUAACAUAUUCAACGACGAUGUCGCUGUAGAUAUAACAAUAAGUGCCCCUAUAUCCCCAGAAAAUUCAAAUUUAUCAAGCAAUGACAGUGUAUGCACAGAUAAUGAGAGUGACCAUAUUGUUAGAAUAAAAGAAAUAUAUGGAGAAAACAUGUGCAUUAAUGAUAUGCAAAUAGUCGAGACGCUGUACAAAAUGCCACAAAUGAAUGUUAACAAAACACUGGUCGACAUUGAAUCUCAAAAUACAUUAGAAAAUAAAAAUGAUGCAUUACUUUCCCCAAAUGAAUACUCGGAAAUCCUUAAUCAAAAUAUCAGCCCUAUUUCAUUAGAUAGAAGUUUUAAAAACGAUGACGAUAUUAUAUUAGAACACGGGGAAGAUCGAGAUAUCGAAUCUUCUAUAAAAAUAAAUGACGAUAAUGAUGUCUUAAAUGAAUACAAUGGGGAUGAAAAAAGCUUUGAAUCUUGCGAGUUGAUUAAUAACACGUCGUUAGCAAGUAACGAUUGUAAAUAUUCCGCAUCCAGUUCACCCGAAGUGUCGUCAACUACAUCAGAGGAUAAAUGUUCAAGUAUUUUGUUAAAAAUUACAAGUGUAAAUGGUUCGAGACUAUCAGAAAUUAAUAAUGUGUCUGAUAAUGUCCAGCAGUUACGAUACAAAUUUACUGAAAAAAACGAUUACAAUACUAACUAUAGACCUUUGAUAACAAAAGCAGCGCAGAAAUAUAUACCACCUAUAAUUGAGCCACGUGACCUUAAAGUUAAAUUACCCUUACCUCAGAAUAGUUUAAAUAAAUUAAAAGAAUUAAAGUUAGCUAAAAGUGAGCGUUUAUUUAGUACAAUAGCCAAUCAUAAGAAAGCUGCUAUGAGGCCGGAUGUUCGUAAAAAAGUGAAGCCGAAGUUUGAGGAUGUGCUCAAAAGUAUUGAUGAGAUUCAAUUCAAAAUGCAUAAAGAUAAAUUGAAAAAAACUAAACAUAGCAUUCCUAAAGUACUUAUAAAGAAACAUGAAAACGGAGCACAUUAUGCUAGCACAUCCAUUAAAAAAAAAUUAUACAAUCCAGAUCUAACUGGUAGAAAGUGGCAACCUUGGGUAUUUAUUGAAAGAAAUGAGUUUAUCGACAAAAUGGCUCAGAGAAAUAAACGUAAAGCGGUAUAUUGUCAUAGAAAGAAAACAUUUGUUUUAGAAGAGAAGUUAAAAAAGUAUAAAUCUAUAUGUACGGCAAAGUUUGUUAUUUCUCAGCCCACAUCUGACCAUCCUUCAUCGGGUAAUUUAAAGUAUACAAUUAGAUUGAAACAUAAUUACUGAUUUGUAAUUACCAUUCAAUUUUCUAAACUGGUCCAAUGCCACAUAAUCCAAAUAUAUCCCACCAUCUUGCAGCAUUCCUUGUUUAGUAUUUUGUAUAAAUAAUAUAGUUACCUUGUUUACAUUAUUUUAGUAGACCUGCAUAUGAAAGCCAAAAUUUAUUAGUGUGAUUUAGUGAAGAAAAUAAAAUUAUUGUAGUAUUUGUAACUUUAAUUAAUGUUAAUUAUAUAAAAAUUUCAGAUCUGUAAUAAUUUUGUUAUGAUUAUAAGAGUUUAUUGUUCUUGUUUCCAAUUAACAUUCCUUUAAUAUAUUUUGCACAUGGAGCAUUGUUAUCUUAAUGUUACAGUUAACGAAAAAAAUUUAGUUAAAUAUUUUGUUAUGUAACUUAUAUAUAUAUAUAUAUAUAUAUAUAUAUGUGUAGAUUAUUGUAGCUAAUUAUUAAGAGACCACAUUGGAUAGUGAUAAUAAUAUCAUUCCUUAUUUAUGUUCCAAGCUAUUUACAAAUAUACACGAAUAAUAUUAUUAUUCAACACAAAGAGUUAUGUAGUUUAAGUUUAAGAGUUUUAUUUUAAAACCAAAAAUAUGUAAAUAUUAAACUCAAAUUCAUUAUAGUUAUUUAAUGAUAAAUAUUGCUCAUCUAUUUUCUAAGCACAGAUUAUAUAUUUAUGUCUUACUGAAUGAACUAGUAGGUACCUGUAAUUAAGGGUGAAGUACAAAUAAAUAUUCGAUUUGUAUUGUGAUGUACGAGUUUUUCGAUAGGUUGGUAUAAUGAAUCGUUUUGAUGAUAUUUUUAUAUCGAUGACGUGUAUGGAAUCACCCGCGAAUCCGGCCGUGCUGUGCGCGUACUGGGUUCUCCUAACUCCGAUAAUAUAACCAAAGCCAAUACUCACAAAAAUGAUAAUGAGUAUUAAUUUUAUGUAAGAAAGCUUUUGUAUCACUGUUAUUUUAGGGAGUAUAUAUUUUGGAAAUUUUGGCUUAUACAUUUCUAGAAUAUAUUUAUGACGUGUAACACAAAGUGCCUAGAGGGAAUUACUCCAAGAAUCAGAUAAUUUUCUCAUACUUCAAUGCCGUGCCUAACAUUUAAUCCACACGUUAACGGGUUUUUUUUAAAAACCAAAGAGCAUUAAGAAUAUUCUUCUAUUUUUUGUAUUCCAUACUGUGCACAAUUGUUGGACACAGUAUCGAAUGUUUUUGGCUUAUAGAUCAUCAAAAACGCAUCUUUUUUAAAAAGAACAUCAUUAUAUCGGCAUCGAUAUGUAAAAUCACAAAAUAUUGUGACACCUGACAUUCAAGAUUCACUGAUCUCAUAUAUAUUUAGGCACCUUACCACUUGUUACACCUUGUGCCUAUCCAUGUAUUCGAAUUACAGGGUGUUAUAGAAAUAUACCAAAUAAUGUGCUUUUAUUUACCUAUGUUGCCUUUGAUAAGUGUAAUCAACGUAUAAGAAUUUUUAGCGUGUUGAAUGUUGUGUGAUCUAACAGAACUGUUUUAAAUUAUUAUAGUGGUAUUAUUAUAUUUAAGGAGGGUAUUUAUAAAAUAUUGUUAAGUAAUUUUAUUAUACAGUAUGUACAAAUGUAAAGGGUAUAUGCUAUUGAUUGUUCUUUAUAUCGUGUUUUUAAAUUUUAUUUUGAGGCUUAGCAUGUAAAUAGAGUCUAUUGACCGAUAUCACACGUUCCUUCAUUUAUUAAAUAAGUUCCCCUUUUUAGUAUGAUUGUUAGCACUACUGCGUGAUAGUUUUUGUGCACUCUGAUGGCCAUUGUUAUUAUUUUUAAUAAUUAUUAAGGGUUGCAACUAAGUAAGGGUUAAGGUAUAAGUUAUUAAUUUAAAUUGUUUGUUUUGGUGUUAAUAUUAAAGCCAGAAACGCACGUGAUAGCGUACCGUGAUACACGUUAGUGGAACACUCUGUAAGUGACGAAUGUUUAAGAAUUAUUUUUUUGAGUGAAACCUAGUUUUGAGAAUUCAUAUAAAAUUGACCAAAUAAACGUGUUCUCAAUAAAAA